UCAGAUUACCGGUGAACUCAAUUCAAGUUAGCUCAUGGUUAGCUGCUGCCGGCGCCGUCGAUGCCGUGUCGUCGUCCCAUCAGUUCGUCACCCACGCAGCUCGAACAGCGGAAGCGAACUCUAAGCAAGUUUCGACAGUAUGUUCCUUUAAGUGCGACAGUUUUGUCACUUUUGUGCGACCUAAAGGGGCUUUAAUGCGACGUGUUCCGUAGCGCCGUUCCCUGGCGAGUCCGAACAGCAUGACUUCUUGAUUCUUGCCUGUAGGUAACUACUAACCUGCCCCGUUACUGAAAUGGCUUUGUCGUCUUGGGAACAAGAGCUUCGAAAAGUUGAAAAAGAAUUAAUAUCCACUGAGAAGGAGAUAAUUCGUCUUACCACGAUACGGGAAUGCCUCACGAGGAAAAAGCACGAACUUACGGUGAAGUUGAAACAACAGUCGCUGGACGAGAUUGCACGCACGGAUUGGAGCAAGUUCGAUUUCCCGUGGUCAAAUAGAGUUAAUGAGGUGCUAGAAAAUGUGUUCCACGUAAAAAGCUUCCGGUCCAUGCAGCUUCCAGCCAUAAACGUUACCCUUUCAAAUAAAGACUGCAUUCUCAUCAUGCCCACCGGAGGCGGAAAGAGCCUUUGCUACCAACUGCCAGCGCUGAUUUCAAAAGGUGUCACUAUCGUCGUAUCACCCCUACUUUCACUCAUGGAAGACCAGGUCAUGGCACUGCAAGCCAUGUCAUACCCAGUUGCAAUGCUGGCUGCCAGCGUUUCUGUAAAAGAUACAAAUCGGAUACUGAAGGCUAUGGCUGACGGAGAAGAUAGCGUGAAGCUGCUAUACGUGACACCAGAAAAGAUGGCCAAAAGUAAGCGUUUUAUGUCCAUGCUGGGAAAGGCGUACCACAGGAAGUAUUUUGCGAGGCUUGCCAUAGAUGAAGUGCAUUGUUGCUCUCAGUGGGGCAACGACUUCAGGCCAGACUACAAGUACUUGGCCAUAAUGAAACGCGAAUUUCCUGAAGUACCAAUUUUGGGAGUCACAGCCACUGCUUCUGCAGCCAUUGUUGCCGACAUUCAGAAGAUGCUUGACAUUGAGAGCUCUGUGGUACUGCGUGCACCUCUGGACAGACCUAAUCUUGUCUACGAGGUACUGCCAAAGCCUUCGGGGACUGACGAAGCUAUGAAAAACGUUGCCAGGCUCAUUCUCGGUCGUUUUAAAGAUCAGUGUGGCAUUGUUUACUGUUUUUCUAUUAAAGAGACUGAUGAAUUGGCAGAUGAGCUGAAAGGCUAUGGUAUUGCUGCAGACUCUUACCAUGCCAGCAUGGAACCGCAGAGGCGCAGCAGUGUUCAUACCCGCUGGAUGCGUGGCAAACUUUUGGUCAUUGUUGCUACCAUUGCUUUUGGUAUGGGAAUUGAUAAGCCAAAUGUGCGCUUUGUCAUUCACCACACACUGUCAAAAUCUGUUGAAAACUAUUACCAAGAAAGUGGCCGUGCAGGAAGGGAUGACCAACCAGCCACAUGUUUGAUACUUUUCCGAUUUGCCGACAUAUUUCGCCAGACAACAUCUGUCUUCACAGAGAAGUGUGGCCGGGAAAAUGUCUACACAAUGGUGCGGUACUGUGUGGAUGUGCGUGAGUGUCGUCGUGCCAUGUUCUUGCGACACUUUGGGGAAAAACAGCAAGACAUACACUGCCAGGAUGGUAUCUGUGACAACUGUCGACUCAAAGAGACGGUGAAAGACAUUGAUGUCACGGUGCACAUCAAGAACAUCUACAAAGUGCUUUUAGCAGCAAGUGAGGCAAAGGAACAAUUGACAGCAACAAAGUUGAUUGACGCCUGGAUGGGCAAGGAUGCCAAAAAAUGGAAAGAACGAGGGGUAACAAAAACAGACCUGCCACGGGAGCGGUGUGAGACGAUAGUUGCAUGGGCACUGCUGGAAGGCUACCUUGCUGAAAAGUUCCACAUCACUCCUUAUGCUUACAUCAGUUAUAUUCGUAUAGGUGAGAGGAAGCAAGAAAUUGACAAAGGCAAAAAAGUUUCUUGCCCUUUCUCGAUGACAAGUGUAGCUGCUCCAGAAGUCACACUGCCAGUAUCGGUAAAGCGUCACAAGCAGAGCAAAAGUGACUAUGCUGAAAGUAAACGACCCAGAAGUGAGGCAGAAGGCUCUUCAAAGAGCCAAAAGUCAUUCAGUAAUCAUUUACCAACAUCCCAAGACGUGGUUGUGAUUGAUUAAUGCACUUUGGUUUGUUAUUGUUCCUUUGACAUACCUGUGUUCAAUAAGUCGGAUUCUUGUGUUCUAAACGUUACAAGUAAAGCAUAAGGCUGUUCAAAGGACUGAGGGCCAUUGAGUGACCAUUUAACAAUGUCCCAAGAUGUUGCUGUUGACAUGCGCAAUUUGCUUUAUUGUCGCUGCACGGACAUACUUUUGUGUAAUAAAUAUGAUUAACCUCGUGCUAUAAAUUUUGCUCAAGGAAGCCAGUCUUUGUAGCUCACCAAAAAAUGCAUUAAAAUCUUGUGCUUUGGAAUGUAGCAGUGUAAAGGACUGUAAAGUUGGACUGUAGCAUGCAAAAUGUGGCCUUAACAAAAAUUUUAGUCCUCUGACUGUAAAGCAGGACUGAAAUUCAGCAGCUGAUUCUGCUGUGGUCGGUUGGCCCAUUGCUCUGCAUAAUAACACUAAAGAACUUCAAGUUAGGGUUGGCAUAUUUGGAAUUCUCUCUUCUGAGUUUGUUUCCAUCUAGCUGCUUCUAUAUCUAAACUAACUGAGGGCCGGCUUAGUUGGGGGACUUGCUGUUAAUGAAAUGCUGAGCUGUUAGUGAUUGUAUUUUCCAACCAUUGCACAAGCUGGUGCAAAUAAUGUGAUUCACAAUGUCCCUGCUUGACUGUUUGGCUGUUCUGAAAUUGGUCUUAAAGAUGGCACAUUGGCAUUAGUCACACCCUUGACGCAUUAUAGCUGUGAUGGGUGCAGCGCCAGUAGAAACUAAAUUUAGUUAGUUGCACUGCUUCUAUAUAAAGAGGUUAAAUGAGGCCCACAACACCUUUUCUUCAAAACUGGAAGACACUGGAGUGAGUGCAAUGUGUUUCAGUGAAUAUACUUUUCCUGCAAAUAUUUUUGAAAAGGGCUUAAUAAUAAUGGGGAUAUGAAGAACAGGGCAAAAAAUGGGGCAAGAAAGAAAGAAAGAUCUACAGAAUGCUGACUUGCGUACGGUAAAAUAUUUAAAGGAUGGGGGUGCUGAGCCAGGGAAGCUAAAAAACCACCACAACAAACAGGUGGAAGGGCAGGUAGGUGAAUGGCCUUGAAGUCCACGCAGAAACAUAAAUAUAGGAAUGUUAGGGGCCGUC